GGCUUUAUUAAAGCGCGGAUAUCUUGACUUCGGUAAAAAGAGGUGCGGUUUGGAAUGACAAGUUUUCGUAGUGGAACUACGCGAUACAGUUUAUUUCAGGACAGACAUCGCAGUUUAUUUGCAGCCGUCGUCCCGGGGUCUUUCCUGCGUAAGGAAAAGUUAAAGUGAAGUAAGACGACUGCAAACAUGAACGCAUCUCUACUAAUAGGCUUAGUGUGCUUUCUUGCAACUUUUAGCUUGGGGUCAACCCUUCAGUGCUAUAAGUGCUCAGAUUACUCCGGACGCUGUUCAUAUACCCAGGACUGCACCUACGAGGACGCCUGCCUGUCGCUAAGUGAAAGAGGAGGGAAGACUAUCCGUCGAUGCAUCAGGUACACGGAUUGUGACAAUGCCCGGCUGAGUCAGAUGUUUCCUGCAGUGUCUGGGUUCACGUACAGGUGCUGCAGCUCCAACCUGUGCAACGGUAGUCCUGCUACCAUGAUCAGCACGUCUUUCCUAGGCUUGCUGGCAUCGUUCGCGGUAUUUUGGUGCUGCCUGAUUUGAAAUCUUUGAUCAGACAACAAAGCAAAUUAAUUAACCAUAGCAUCAUAUUUCAGGGGAAAGAAAAAUCAAAGUCAAUAAUGAAUUUUGAAAUAACAAUUUAUUUAGUAGCACUUUCCAGGUGUGAAAAUUGAAGGAUGUAAUUCAGUUUUUGAUGGAAUGGAUGCUUACUCAUUUAAUACUGUUUGUACGCGUUGUGAUAAUACGAGAGAGAUAAGGAACGUGGAGAGUUGAGUAAACAGUGAAGGCAUCUUUUCCUUUAUUUCGCCACACAAAAUGGCUGCUCGGAGGGAAACUGCCCGGAAAUGGAAAAAGGAUCAUUAAUUUUGAUGUUUUAACAAAAAUCUAUUGUUGUCACGAAUGUUCUAGUGAAAAUAAUCUUAAGGGUAAGCAAUAAUGUGAUUUGAUUGUGUGAUAAAGAUUAUAUGACUUGA